AUGCUACAUCUAAUAGUAUCAUUCUUACUAUCAAUAAUUUUCAUUACUACUCCUAUCUAUGGAUUUGAUUUAGGUUUAAGUCCCAAUUAUUAUAAACAUGGAGAUAAAGUAGAUUUAUUGGUUAAUAAAGUUGAGUCAGAUACUACUCAAUUACCAUUUUCUUAUUAUAGUUUACCGUUUGUUUGUCCACCAAUGAAUGGUGCUAAGCCAGUUCAUACCUCAUUGGGUGAAUUACUUAAAGGUGAAAGAAUUUGGCAAAGUGGAUAUGAAUUAAAUUUUGGUGUUGAUGUACCAUGUAAUAGAUUAUGUGAUUUAUUGUCGACUCAAAAUGGUAUUAAAAGAGCAUCUGAAUUAAUUAAAGAUGGUUAUGUUAACCAUUGGUCAAUUGAUGGAUUACCUGGUGCAACUACUUUUGAAUCAACUAAUCAUAGAAAGAAGUAUUAUGCUGCUGGAUUUCCAAUGGGUUUUGUUAACCCUGAUGAUGGUAUAAGUUAUCUUUACAAUCAUGUAAUGUUGGUUAUUAGAUAUCAUAAAGAAAAAGGUUCUUCUAAUGAAAAUACAAUUGUUGGAUUUGAAGUUUAUCCAAAAAGUGUUAGUAAUGAAGAAUGUCCUGGUUCUUCCAAGAAUUUUCAAAAUUACCCUCUUGUUCCGAGAUAUAAAGAAAAUGGAGAAUUGGAUGAUGAAAGAACUCUUAUUCCUUAUACUUAUUCUAUUUAUUGGAGAGAAGAUAAUACUAUUGAUUAUGAUUCAAGAUGGGAAUUAUAUUAUGAAAAUGAAUCUAAUGGGGCUCAUAUUCAUGUCCAUUGGAUAUCAUUUGUUAAUUCAUUUGUUUUAAUCUUUUUGGCUUCUUUGAUUGUGAUGAUUGUUUUAAUUAAAGUUUUAAAGAAAGAUAUUCAAAAUACAAAUAGCCCCUCCCCAUUGCCUACUACUAAUGAUUUGGAUGCAAAUAUGUCAAACAGCUGGAAAACUUUAAUUAAUGAUGUCAACCAUAUUCCUUGUGCAGAAUUAUUUUUGACUACAUUGGUAGCUGCUGGUAUUCAAAUGUUUAUUGCCAUUAUUGGUGUUAUCAUCAUUUUAAUGUUGAACUCAAUUGGUACUAAGAAUACUUUUUUCAAUACUCAUCAAGGUGCAUUCUUUUCCAUUUCCAUUGCUUUCAUCAUUGGUUCUGGGUUGAUCUCCUCUUAUGCCGGUAUUUUAUUGCACAAAUAUUUCAGAGGUGACAGUUUAAACCAACCAUAUGAUAAAUUCAUCACCAUUGCAUUGUCCCUUUUAUUCAGUGCUGCAUUGCCAGCUCUCAUUUUUGCUGUUGUCUUGGUGUUAAACUUUUUUGUUUGGGCUAAAGAAUCAUCUGCAGCUUUACCAUUUGGUACAAUUGUUGUCUUGUUAUUGUGUUUCUUACUUAUCCAAUGUCCAUUAGGUAUCGUUGGUGGGUGUUAUGCAAACAAGUACACUAAGGUCGAUUUUAAAACACCUCCUCCAAGCCCAAUGACUGAGAAGUCCAUGUACUAUACUACUCGUCAACCUAAAAAAGCUGGUAAAUUUUUGGCUGUUUUAUUUAACUAUUUAAGAACUGUAUGCAUUUAUGGUAUUAUUCCAUUUGGUAUUGUUUACGUUGAAUUAUUAUUUAUCUUUAAUUCUGUUUGGUUGGAAAAAACCACAUUUUAUUUCAUGUAUGGAUUUUUAUUUGUUACUAUUAUUAUGCUAAUCAUUAUCAUUAUUGAAUCAACUAUUGUUGCCGUUUAUAUUUCCUUGGUGGUUUAUAAUGAUCCACAUUGGAUUUGGUUAUCAUUCCAGGUUGGUUCCAGUCUUGGAUGGUUCAUUUAUGGUUAUUCUAUUUAUUAUUAUGUCAGGAUUUUGAAUGUGCAAGAUUUUGUUAGUGGUUUAUUAUAUUUUGUUUAUAUGGCAUUAGCUUCUGUAAUUAUUGGUGUCUCCUGUGGUGCUGUUGGGUUAUUGACAGGUUUAUUAUUUGUAAGAAAAAUCUAUGGAGCUAUAAAAGUUGAUUAA